GUUCAGUUUCAGAAGCUUCAGCAGCUGCGUCUGACACAGUACCACGGGGGAUCCUUACCCAACGUGAGCCAGCUGCGGAGCAACGCCUCGGAGUUUCAGCCAUCAUUUCAUCAAGCUGAUAAUGUUCGUGGAACCCGCCACCAUGGCCUGGUGGAGAGGCCAGCCCGGAACCGCUUCCACCCGCUUCACCGAAGGUCGGGGGACAAGCCAGGGAGACAGUUCGACGGGAAUACUUUGGCAUCCAGUUACUCCUCGCAGCCCCUGGAUGAGAGCUGGCCAAGGCAACAGCCACCUUGGAAGGAAGAAAAGCACCCUGGAUUCAGGCUAACGUCUGCACUUAACAGGACCAAUUCCGAUUCUGCUCUUCACACGAGUGCUCUGAGCACCAAGCCCCAGGAUCCCUAUGGAGGAGGAGGCCAGUCAGCCUGGCCCGCCCCAUACAUGGGUUUCUGUGAUGGUGAAAAUGAUGGCCAUGGGGAAGGAGCAUCCUUCCCUGGUCCCCUGAAAGAAGAGAAUCUGUUAAAUGUCCCGAAGCCACUGCCUAAACAACUGUGGGAGACCAAGGAGAUCCAGUCCCUGUCCGGGCGCCCUCGGUCCUGUGAUGUUGGGGGUGGCAAUGCUUUUCCACAUAAUGGCCAAAAUGUAGGCCUCUCACCGUUCCUGGGGACCCUGAACACUGGAGGGUCGUUACCAGAUCUAACCAGCCUCCACUACUCAGCGCCCAUGCCAGCCUCCCUGGACACCAACGACCUCUUUGGUAGCAUGAGUGUGGGGAAUAGUGUGGGCAACCUUCCAGCUGCUAUGACUCACCUGGGGAUAAGAAACUCCUCUGGUCUCCAGAGUUCUCGAAGUAACCCUUCCAUCCAAGCCACACUCAAGAUGGCGCUGUCCUCAUCCCUCAACAGCCACCCGCAGACGUCUGUGGCCAGUGCGUCUGCUCUUCACCCCACGCUCCGUCUCUUCUCCCUUAGCAACCCUUCUCUUUCCACCACAAACCUGAGUGGCCCCUCUCGGCGCAGGCAGCCUCCGGUCAGCCCUCUCACACUCUCUCCUGGCCCUGAAGCCCAUCAAGGUUUCAGCAGACAGCUCUCUUCAACCAGCCCCCUGAACCCGUAUCCUGCCUCCCAGAUGGUGUCCUCAGAACAGAGCCCACUUUCCUUCCUGCCUGCAGACGCUCAAGCCCAAGUAUCCCCACCGCCCCCUUACCCCACAGCCCAGGAGCUGCCUCAGCCACUCCUGCAGCAGCCCCACAGCCAAGAGGCCCGUGCUCAGCAGCCCCAGGCAGCCCCCUCCCUGACACAGUCGGACUUCCAGCUCCUCACUGCCCAGGGCUCGCCUCUUACCAACUUCUUCCCAGAUGUGGGCUUUAACCAACAGCCCAUGAGGCCCAGCCCUGCCUUUUCUCAACAGGUGCCUUUGGUGCAGCAGAGCCACCGAGAACCACAGGACUCAUGUCACUUGAGACCAAACCCGUAUUCCAACUGUGGGAACUUCCCGAGCCCCAUCCUGACAGAAGAGACAAGCACCAGCCUGUUCAAAGGCCUCAGCGGGGGCCUGUCGGGCAUGCCUGAGGUCAGCCUAGACAUGGACACUCCGUUCCCACUGGAAGAGGAGCUGCAGAUCGAACCUUUGAGCCUGGAUGGACUCAGCAUGCUAAGUGACCCCAGCAUGGGCCUGCUGGACCCCUCUGUGGAGGAGACGUUUCGAGCUGACCGGCUAUGAGCAAAAGACAGUGGAACAGGGGAACUGAAAUGGCCAGAGUAAGCUAGAGUGGAGCCAGCAAGCACCUAGCCAUCAGCAUGGAGGGAGCUGUGCUGCCCAGGCUCGCCAUGAGGUCCCAGCUCAGACAUCAUGGCUUUCCUAGACACAGCUGCACCCUGCCUCUCCAGCCUGUGGCACCGGUUGUACCGCUGCAAGCGGGCUGUUUUGGAGCUUCUGGUGGCCAGGAAACUCACCGUGUCUCCCUUGAUCCUUUUUAUGGCCACCUAGCCAGUCAGUGUGUAAACAUAGGAAGUGCUGUGUAACAGGUAGCCGCUGUAGCGUCGUCAGUACUCGAAACCUGUGGAGGCCUGUGGAUUGGGCUCAGUGUCACACAGCGGUACCAGAGCACCACGAUGCCUUUCUGUCUGACCACCCAGGCCAGGCACUCUGCAGCUGGUGGGUGUUCUGGGCCUAGCCACUGUUCUGCCAGAUGCCUUAAUUAAAAUGAAGACGCUUAACCACCCGUCCCAGGGCAAGCUUUGGUUAGACAAGCAGUGCGGCUUGCUUCCUCCUGGCGCGUGAUCUCCCUCCUGCCGCUCUCCUCUCUGCGCGCCUUUCCUUCGGGAGCAGAGGGAAACUCAUUUGCUCACUGAAAAACCUUCCCUGGAAACAGGGUGAGCCUGAAGAGGACAGUGCUCCUUCUAGGAGACUGAAGGAGGAGGAGGCUACAGGCAUGUCACCUGCGCAGGACGCCCUCCAUCUUGGGCCUGCCACCCUCCAGCCCCACGGAGAGGGCUGCCGGGACUCCUGUCAGUGCAUAGCAGCCGAGCUGCCCUCUUCCUCUCCAGCUCUCUCCGCAGACCCCAACUUUAAUGCAGUUCCCGCUAGACUAAACUCCAAGAGCACAGGGACUGUGCCUCGUUCCUGACCGAGCUCUGGAGCCUACCAAAUGCCUGGUAGGAGUGAGUGCUGUGUAACUGGGUGCGGUACCCAGGCGUGGCGGUGGGAAUGACUUCCAGGCCGUGGGCCAGUCAGAGCUAUAGCUGUGUCUGUUCCCUGCGAAAGCUCAGAGCUUUAACCUUCUCGUACCGGUGCCUUCCAAGUCAUACUCACUUGAUUAUGCCUUAACACUAGCUGACCAGAUCUGUCACUAGGCUCAUCACCCCUCCUCCUCGGCAUUAUGGCCCCCAGCAGCUAGGUGGGAAUCAUCCAGCGCGUGCAUCCGGAAUGGCCCAUCACACCAAACCUCCUAAGGGUGGGACACCUGGCGCCCUGACUGGGCCCCACAGCAAAAUCUUCCCACUCAGACCCAUGGUUUUUUGUUUUUGUUUUUUAAUUUUCUAAAUUGCCUAAAAUAGAGGUACAUAUUCCAAGGUUAAGAAACAAGGCCUGAUUCACGGGACUCUUGUUAUUCGUUAACGCCUUAUCACACAAUAAUCUGAGCAGAUUCUACUACCACCUGCCUCCCAGCUGGUGGAGCCCACACAGCACCCAGGGGAGGAGCCGGGCAUGAGGAGGUGGGGGCGGGGAGGACCCGAAGGAGAAUCUUUGUUGGACAGCUGCUGUACUUCCAGAAGACACGGGGCUCUGGUGAGGCUCAGUGACUGUCCCAGCCCGGAGGGCAAAGAUGAAACAAAGGCCGGCACGUCUGUGCCUACGGCAAGAGGGGCCUUCCCUCUGACAGGAAGCUGGCCCCUGCACCUCUCCACACUUGCCCACAUCUUUUCUUCUUAGGCCCCCUUUAUGGGUCUCCAAACAACCCUGACGGUGCCAUGCUGCACUUUCCUCGAAGCCCCAAGAAUUCCGUGCUCCUAUUUACCUCAGUCUCUGCCGUUUAAUUGGGAAACCAAAUUAGAAUCCUCUUUACCCAAUUCCACCCCCGAAGAUGCCCCUGGCCUCUGCUUGCGAGUCCUGUUCCUAGCGAAAACUCUCAUAGGCUUGAUGCCUGAGGUCCCCCAGAGGGGUGACAAGUUAAAGCUUUCAGUCUCUGUGCUGCCCAGCACCCCAGCCUACUCGCCCACAGAAGCUGGUCCCUGUGUCGGAGGCCCCUGAGGCGGGGAUCGGUGCUGGGGGAAGAGUCUAGAGAAAGGGGGCCUCAGCACAGGCUGCCCUCUGCUUUGUGCCUUAUCCGGGGGAUCAUCGCAUCAGGGGAGGGCCUGCCUUGUAGCAGGAGUUCCCAUAGCCCCGUGCCCUGAGCUGCCCUGCCCUCCAGCUGCUGGGGACACUCUGGCUGUGGGACACAGCACUGAGUCUUAGGCCUGUCAGCCUGGCCUGGCCACGUGAGACGCUUUAAGCCGCUGGAAAGCCUACUCCGUCUAGAUGCUGUCGAGGACCCCGGGACGGCGUCUCCGCACCCCAGCCAUGUAAGCCUGCCCUCGCUGCUGCCUUUGUGACAGUCGUGUCUUAGGCCUCAGCGCUGCAGCAGCUACAGGCUUUCCCCGGACCUGCUUGUCAGUGUUUUCACUUUGUCACACCCGCUGUACUCGUUUCAGUACAGCGGUUGUGGGUUUGUAGGAUGUGAGUGUGAAGAGAAAUGUUUUCAUUGUGUCAAGAUCAGUUCUCUGCCCUGCUCCCCUUCUCCUAAGUGUACUGUGUCUUAUCUGAACCGAGAGGUCGUGUAUUCACGCCCAUGCGCGUAUCUGAAGACAUUUCCUGCUGGGACUCUCCAGGGCUCUUCUGAUCUAUGCACAGAUGGUUCCCAGCAUUUCCACUGCUCCAGGACGGGCCAUCCCAGCAGCUAAUCAGACUUCCUGCCAGUGUCCUAACUCCCGGCCCUUUGUUAAGCAAUAUUGAGAGAUUGGACUUUGUAUAAAGUAGCUUCCAAGUUUCAUAAUGUAUCAUUUUACAUCUUUCGUAAUUAAAAGCAGCACAAUAUGGUUGUA